AUGUUGCAUUACUGUGAAAAAUUAGAUAAUUUAAGAAAGAGGAAAUCAUUACAGAAAACUACAAGGCAAAGUAAACUUAGAAGAAUCGAACUCACAGCUACAAGAAUCAACUCGCGCAAGCAAAACGAGAAAUCCGAAGGUGUUGCGUACCAAAGAAAUGUUGGAAUCAAUACCACGAAUACUGUGAUAUCGGCUAGUGUCUUGGAUAAAGUGGUAGAAAUAAAUGACACUGCAUCGGAACUUGUUUUCUUCGAUCUAGAGACGUCAGGACUUGAAGAAUCGUGUGACAUAUUACAAAUAGCUGCAGCUUCAAGUACUAUUGAAUUUUGCACGUACGCUCUGCCUACUCGGAAUAUUCCUAUGCAAGUGACAAAAGUCAAUGGUUUAUCUGGACAUUCAGUCAAUUUAUUUUUCAAUGGAAAAAAAGUUGAAGCCGUAGAAUUAAAUGAAGCACUGAUGGCCUUUUCAGCUUUCUUGAAGACAGUUUCACCUUCGUGUACUUUAGCUGCACAUAAUUCUUCUUUUGACAUGAAUCGACUUAUUUAUGCGAUAAAUAAUAAGGAUCUCUAUGAAGAAUUUAAAAUCAUCGACAGUUCUGUUGAUACUCUUCGAGUUUUCAAAAUGGAAUAUCCCGAAUGA